AUGCAGCGAAAUUCUGUUAGCCAAAAUACGCGAAAGUUUGUUUUGAGAUUGGUUGUUGAUCGAAGAAAAAGUCAGUCUGAAUCUUCAUGCCGCGAAAUUCCGUUUCCCAAAACAUGUGAGAUCUUGUGGUACGAUCGAACGAAUUCAACACUUCCUGGUUCUAGAGGUGGCGCUCGUCACGUUAUUUAUAAUGAAGAGAUUAGAAGAAGAAUUGAAGAGCUUAUAAACGAUAACACAACGACAACUAUAAUUGAAAUUAAAAAUGCUUUAAAUGUAAAUGUAUCGAUUAAAACUGUCUGGAGAUGGGUGACCAAUCUUGGAUACACAUAUAAAAUUACUCGACCAAUUUAUGAAAGAAGAAACGACAAUGAUGUAAAAAAUCUUCGUAUUGAAUAUGUUAGGUGGUAUACUUCAAUAUCGCCUAUUAAUCGCUAUCGAAAUAUUGUUUUUAUUGAUGAAAGUCCACUUAAUUUACACAUGUUUCGCAGUCAUUCAUGGGCAAGAAGAGGAGUAACACCAAACCCGAUCAUUCGCCCUAGGCAGCGUAACGUUUCGAUGAUAUUGGCCGUCAAUGGUUUAAAUAUUAUUCACUGCGAAGCUGUCAGUGUGUCAGUCAACACAGUUUUGUUUCAAGAAUAUAUUGAUGAAGUUGUACGAGUUUUGGGGACAGAGGAAGAAUUCACCCUGGUGAUGGAUAAUGUCAGAAUCCAUCAUAAUGUUGAGAUGAGGGCUCAGAACAUUCAAAUGAAAUAUUUGCCACCAUAUUCACCAUUCUUAAAUCCGUGUGAAGAGAUUUUUUUUUAUCUUAAGAAUAACGUGCUAAGAAAAACGGCUCCAACUAAUAGAAAUGAACUAAUUACAAGAAUGCGUGAUGCAUGCUUAUCUAUUCCUAUCAAACUAUUACACACACUGCGAAAGCUUUUUCGAAGCGUGUCUUAG